AUGAACAGCGAAACAAACAGUUCGCAAACUUUAUCAUCACUACUUGACAGCGAGGUCUUGGCGGUAGGGAAUGUAGCGUGCUCGAUCGAUCAGUUGGCAUUGCCACUUAGCUCAUCAAACGAGAGCGACUAUAAUUCGGUCAUGCAUUCACUGUACGGCUCAGACUUCAUCUAUGGGUCACUCGUGCAUAAAGCUAUCUUCCGUCGCAAGUCGCACAGUCGAGGUACUGACGCCACUCACGAGAGAACGGCGCUAGGUCGACAAGGAGACGAUCGUAGCAACAAGCUCCUGAUUAAGACGUCUGCCUUUGUGUCCACCUCCAUGUUUGACAAGAAGAACCAGCAAAUGUGCUAUGCUGAACUCUUCUCACCCACUUCAAGCGGUGGCUUCAGCAUUACGACCUUUUCGUUGACUGGUCGAGAAAUGGUCACAGGUAAAAUCCAGGUCCCACUGCGUCGGAAGCUGCAUCACCUGCAUCCGUUCAGCACUUGGUUCUCUGCUGAACCGGUAGACUCAGGAGUACACGUGGUCUUUCGAGCUCGGUUUCACCGUUCAGAGAGCGACGGAUUGUGUUCACCGAAGGUGAUGAAUGCUCGCCUUUGGAAGAUCGUCCAAGGCGUGUGUAAGCUCGGAAAACUGGUAGACAGCAGAGCUCAGCAGCCUCGUCGACUCAAGAGCAACGCAAAUCACGUUGCUGCGAGUGGACCCCGAAACUCGCGCUGCAUCGUAUGUACGCGAACUUUAUGUCACAUCUUCAUGACACGGAGCUGUAGACGUUGCGAGUUAUGCUCCUAUAACGUAUGCAGUGCAUGCUGCUCGCCACAACAUGUGACCAUCUACAAUCGACAUGUAGCACCGCUACUGGUGUGCGCCCGAUGCCGGGAGAGUGUCGCUCGGGAAGAUUUUGACAGUCAACUUCGAGCCGUGUAUCCUCCUGGCUCUGUGAAAAUCUAA